GCUCUCGGUGUGUUGAAGUGAGGCAGCAGCGGCUCAUCGAUACCACUGUUUCUAAACGUGUUUGUAACAUGCUUUCACAAGGCUGAACUUGCACAUUUGUUUCGCCAACAGAGAGCUGUUUCUCACUACAGGUGUGACCUUUAUAAUCUGUGUUUAAUGCGGCCUGGCCCGGUCAGGAAAUGGCUGUGUAACGUUAACUAUCGGUCAGCUUUAGCUCGUAGCUUAGCCACUCGGGCUGUAUGUGAGCACAAAGGCCGUGUACACAUCCUCGCCUUCUGAUAAUGUACCCCUCCUGGGGAAAUUUUGGUGGACCCCAGUCGCAAAACUAUGGAGCCCCGCCUGGGCCCCGUAAGCCGGGUGGUGGAGGAGGGCACGCCGGCCCGGCAGCGGGGUUCGGCGGCUUCGAGGCUCCAUCCAGCGGCUCGCUGUUCUCCAGCCUGCAGGAGCAACACCUCCAGCAGAUGCAGCAGCUGCAGAUGCUGCACCAGAAACAGCUCCAGUCUGUGUUACAUCACGGCAGCAACGCUAAUGCUUACGGCGGUAUUCACUCAGGUGGGAUUUCAGGGACACAGUGGCACCCAGAAGGACCAGGACAUUCAGAAAGUGGUGUUGGGGCUCCGUCGUUUUAUAAACAAGACGAGACUCCUGGUCAGCCGGCGAGAGCCCCCGCUGCUCCUCAGCAGGGUCACCCACAGCAGGGUCACCCACAGCCUCCUCCACUUCCACCGCAACCGCAGCCCAACGAUCCCCAGCCGGGUCCUCCCCCUCCAGAGCCCCCGUCAACAAAGCCCCCGGAGAACAGUGCUCCCAAAGAGGCCAACAACAAACCUCCAGCCUCGACAGAAGACGACAAAUCAUUAGCUUUGCAGGAGCAACAGCAACUCUGGUACAAACAACAUCUUCAAAACCUACAGAAGUUAAAGCAAGAGAGAGCCAAACAGAAUCAGAAAGAGGGUGAUGGACCCAUGCCGCCCCCACCGCUCCCGGGCCAAACGGUUCCUCCCCCCCCUCCAUCAGAACCACCUAAAGGCAUACCUCCUCCACCGCCUCCAAAAGAGGAGCCCCCAGCACCACCUCCACCUCCAGACGACAUACGGCCCGAGGUUCCACAAGACCCAGAAGAGGCCGCCCGCCUUCAGCAGUUACAGGCCGCAGCAGCGCAGUGGCAACAGGUGCAGCAGCAGAGAGCAGGUUUACAGUACCAGGCUCUCAUGCAACAGCAUGAAAAGCUUCAGCAGAUCCUGGAAAAAUACCAACAGCUUAUUCAGCAACCUGCAAACCUACAGUCAAUGUCUCCUGAGAUGCAGCUGAGGCACUAUGAAAUGCAACAUCAGCAGUUUACGGCUUUAUUUCAAGACUGGGACCGCACCUUCGUUCUGUGGUAUGAACAGUUCCAGACCUAUCCUCAUAAAGACCAACUGCAGGACUAUGAGCACCAAUGGAAGCAGUGGCAGGAGCAGAUGAAUGCCACCAAUGCCCACCUUCAAGAAAGGGUGGCGGCUCUCACUGCUAUGGUGCCAUUUGCGUCAAGCCAGUAUAAUAGUGGGAUGAUCGGACAAUAUGGCCAGUUCCCUGGACAAGACGUACAAAAACAGCAGCAGUCAGUAAAACCGGGUGUGGAGCAUUCCCCUGUUGCUGCUGGUCCCAGAUCUGAAGGUCCACGACCCACUGGCUUUGGGCAGAAUUCAGAAUCGCCUGCUGGACCCCCUGUGAGAGGAGGUGGCCCUGCCAGCUUGGUCAGACCCCCAGGCCCUCCCAGUGUUCAGCCACCAAACUUCAACAGCAUAAGAGGUCCACGUGGAAACAACCCUAGAUUUGAUCAGCCACAGCAGCGCUUUGAUGGUCCCCCAAGGUUCGACCAGCCACAGCAACGCUUUGAUGGGCCCACAAGGUUCGACCAGCCACAGCAACGCUUUGAUGGGCCCCCAAGGUUCGACCAGCCACAACAGCGCUUUGAUGGGCCCCCAAGAUUCGACCAGCCACUGCACCGCUUUGAUGGUCCCCCUCGAUUUGACCAACCGAGGCACCGCUUUGAUGGUCCCCCCAGAUUUGACCAACCACGGCAACGUUUUGAUGGUCCCCCAAGAUUUGACCAACCUCGGUUUGGGCAGCCGCCUAGGUUUGAACGGCACCCUGGUCCCCCUCCUCGUUUUGAACGGCCACCGGUCCCCCAACAAAUACAACAGCAAGGUCCCCCACCUAAUACAGAACUAGCCACUAAACAACCUGCCAGUAUUGACUCUAAGACUCCAGGAAAAUCCGCUGGGCAGCCACAAUCUGAAAAACAAAAAAGUGAAUCAGAAACCGAUAAGAAGACCAAGCCUGUAGACCUGACAGAUGAUAACUUACUAGGAGCUGAUGGCUUUUUUGUCCAAGAUGACCCCAUUCCUCAGACAUUAAAAAUAAACUCAGAGCCUGCCGAACCUGAUGGCAAUAAAGCGCCUAACAGCAGUGAAAAGCCCAAACCUGUUAACAGCAAGCCCAUAACUACUCCUUCUACUGUAGCACCAAAAAAUACUGCUGCACAAAAUCCCCUCAAACCAGAUGGACCAUCGACAAACAGCAAACCCCCACCGGCUCCGAAGCCCCCUGGAAUCCAACAGGAGCCGCAAGCUUCUGGCCCAAUACAGUCAAGAACAGAUCCUCCAAGGCCUCCUCCUGGUAGGGGACGAGGCCAGCCCCCAGGCCAAGUGCAUGGACGAGGACGUGGCCAGGGCUGCGGGGAGUUCAGUGGACCGAACACUGGACCAAUGGGGGAGAAGAUGGGAGAAAUGUCUUAUGACUACAUGCCACCUCAAGAGGACUUGGGGAUGCCAGCAGAGCAGGCAGAGUAUCACUGGCAAGAUCCUUCAUAUGAGGAGUGUGGUGGUGGAGAAUCGCAGGUGCCCCCUGAAGAAAUGUGGAUGCCAGAGGAACAUCACUUCCCAACAGACGACGACUAUUAUGAAGAGUCAAUGGGAGGACCCCCUAUGGGAAGAGGAGGUCCCCCAAUGAUGAGAGGAGGCCCCCCAAUGAUGAGAGGAGGCCCCCCAAUGGGCCGAGGUGGACCGCCUAUGGGCCGGGGUGGACCGCCUAUGGGCCGAGGGGGGCCGCCUAUGGGCCGAGGGGGGCCGCCUAUGGCUAGAGGAGGACCACCACCAAUGGGAAGAGGAGGACCACCGCCCAUGGGAAGAGGAGGACCACCUCCAAUGGGAAGAGGAGGACCACCCCCCAUGGGAAGAGGAGGACCACCUAUGGGAAGAGGAGGACCACCUAUGGGUAGAGGAGGACCACCUAUGGGAAGAGGAGAGCCAAUGGACAGACACUGGGAAGAACCUGAGUCAGCAGAGUACUCAGAGGAAGGGAAUCCUUACUGGGGAGAAAGGAGACCACCAAUGAGAGGCAUGAGACCCCCGUUUCCACCUGGCCGGGGUCGUCCCCCACGUGGCCAUCCUGGUUUCAUGCACCAAGGACGAGGACGCCCCCCUCACCCACCACAUGGGCCAAUGGAUCAUGAGCCAUUAGGUCAUGGAAUGGACACAGAUGAUACCGAAAUGGAUCCAGCAAGGCACCCCAUGUACCAUGGACAUGACCCACAUAGCCAUCCUAUGCAUCCUGACGCAGGAAGAGGCAGGCAUCGCGUGCCACCGCCACCUCAUGAAAUGAUGGAUCCUAUGGAGGAGCCAUUGUACGAUGAAGGGAUGGAGAGAGAUUUGGAGUGGCAGCCACCACAUGGUAGAGGCCCUCCGCCGCCUCCACAUGAGAUAAUAGACAGGGGGGGAAUAAGAAGGCGGCCUAUGGGUCGAGGAAUGGCUAGAGGCAUGUGGCGGCCAGCUCCAACACAUGAGGAAUAUGAAGAGGGAUAUAAUGAGGGUUACGUUGAGGAUUAUGGUCACGGGGAAUACGGGUAUCGCUGGCGGCCACCACAGGACUAUCCUCCUGACGACUAUCGGCAUGAGGCCAAGUACUUUGAGUCCGAAUGGGACAGAGAGCGUGCUCCUCCUGAGAGGGACUUUCCCCCUCGCAUACCACAGCCAGAGCCUUACAGAGAUGGCCAUUGGCUAGAGGAAAGAGACAGAGGGCACCCAUAUGAUGAGCAUGACAGGGGAAGAGGUGAACUUAGAAUCCGUGAAUACAGGGAUGAGCCUCCAUACCGGCAGGAAGAGUCACCAUACCCACCACAACCAUCUUCAGAAUGGGAUAGGCCUUCAAGACUUCCUCCACCACCAGAGAGAGGGUAUCCCGCUGACUAUGAGGAUCGCAGAGGUCGCUAUGAAGAGCACAGGGAAGAGAAUAUUUUGGAUAAACCUCCAUCUUUACCCCUUGCUGCACCUGUCACUAACUUGCCAGAGAGUUCAGGUGAUCCACAAGGAACAAGCGGAGCAAAUGUACUUGCUCUCUCCCAGCGUCAGCAUGAGAUCAUCUUGAAAGCGGCUCAAGAGCUUAAACUUAUAAGGGAGUUGCAGGAGGGGAAGACACCUGGUACUGAACCUCAACCUGCAUCAGCUGACAUCCUGCCUGAGCUUCCUGCAGGUCUUCUUGGUUUGGAGAUCCCACCAGAAGUCAGGAAUGUUCUGAAGGGCAUGACUGCAGCUGCAAAGACAACUGUAACAGAGUCUGCGUCUUGGGAUAGUAAGCUUUCUGCCACAGAUUACCAGUCAUCUCUCUCUGCUGCACCCACACCUACAGUAAUGCCAAAGACUGUGGAUUAUGGGCACGGGCAUGAGCCUGGAGCCACCGUUGAGCGGAUCUCUUAUGGUGAGAGAAUUGUGUUGAGGCCUGACCCACUGCCCUCCGACAGGGGCUAUGAAAAAGAACCUCUUGGUCCCAGAGAUCCUUACGGCAGAGACCCGUAUUAUGAAAGACGAUCCGACCCUUACAUGGACCGCCGGGAGUAUAGUAGAGAGAGGGAAUUAUACCGAGAGAAGCUUCCUGAAUAUGAAAGGGAAAGAUAUGAGAGGGAGCGCUAUCCCCCAAGAGAAAGAGAUGACAGCACACAGUCCGUGGUUGAAGAAAGAUCUCCACUGGCGCAUCCUUUACGCUCAGGAUACAGAGAGAGAGAGCGGGAGCUUCGAGAAAAGGAGCGAAGUGGAAGUCGUGAUCGAGAAGAACAUUAUGGAAGGUCUGGCUACGAUAGACCUCCGUACGAGCGCUCUGGUCUUGACCGCAGCGGGUCUGAACGUUACGGCCAUAGCUCCUCACCUUACGUGGACAGAAGAAGUUAUCAAGAGGACCGAGGGCCUGCCACUGCACCACCCCUCCCACCUCCACCUCAGCCACCCCCACGAGUCGAGAAGAAGCCAGAAAUCAAAAAUAUCGACGACAUCCUCAAACCACCUGGCAGAUUAUCGCGGCCUGAAAGGAUUGUCAUCAUAAUGAGAGGGCUUCCAGGAAGUGGAAAAAGCCAUGUUGCAAAACUCAUACGGGAUAAAGAAGUCGAUUGUGGUGGUGCACCUCCAAGAGUUCUUGUUUUGGACGACUAUUUCAUGACGGAGGUUGAGAAAGUUGAGAAGGACCCGGACACAGGGAGGAGGGUCAAAACCAAGGUUCUUGAGUACGAGUAUGAGCCCGAGAUGGAGGAUACCUACCGGAGCAGCAUGCUUAAAACAUUUAAGAAAACUCUGGAUGAUGGCUUUUUCCCCUUCAUCAUUUUAGACACUAUUAAUGACAGGGUUAAACAUUUCGAUCAGUUCUGGAGUGCAGCCAAAACAAAAGGCUUUGAGGUGUACGUGGCUGAAAUCACCGCAGACACUCAGACUUGUACAAAGAGAAACGUCCAUGGGCGUACGCUUAAGGAUAUAAUGAAGAUGUCCAACAACUGGGAGCCUUCGCCGCGUCAUAUGGUGCGCUUGGAUGUCCGGUCCCUGCUUCAGGAUGCUGCUAUAGAGGAGGUUGAAAUGGAAGACUUCAAUCCGGAUGACGAGCCCAAGGAACCCAAGAGAGAGGAGGAAGAAGAGGGUGAUCUGGGCUACAUUCCAAAAAGCAAAUGGGAGAUGGACACGUCUGAGGCAAAACUUGACAAGUUGGACGGUCUGGGGAGCAGUGGGAAGAGGAAACGUGAAGACAUGGCAGACCUGGAUGACUACCUUCAGCUGCCAGACGACUAUGCCACACGCAUGUCUGAACCAGGAAAGAAAAGGGUUCGAUGGGCUGAUCUUGAAGAGCAGAAGGAUGCAGAUAGAAAGCGCGCUAUCGGCUUUGUGGUGGGUCAAACAGACUGGGAGAGAAUAACAGAUGAGAGCGGCCAGCUGGCACAAAGAGCUCUUAACCGUACGAAGUAUUUCUAAGAAGAUAAUCUUAUCCCCCUUUUCCCUUCAUUUAAAGGUGUCCAGAAUGUCGAAACACUGAAGCUUACAUGAGACUCAUCGAAGUGACAUCACCAAUAGUUAUCAAAUUCUUAGUUUUUUCAUUGAUAAAGAUACGGUAGAGUUUUUUUUUCUUCUCAUUUUUAAACAGGCACUCUGCCUUUUCACCAUUAAAUGUGUGGUUUAUGAUUCAGUGCUUUCUCUGGCCAUGUAUCCUGCGUUCAGUCAUGUUUCAUGCUGUUUUAUACUCUUCAUGCUUUCUGUACUAUAUACCUGUAGCACUGUUUCUUGGUCCAUGCAUACUUAAAAAGACAAUAAAAGUUUCAUAAAAUUACCUACUUGGGGAGUCUUGCUUGAGUUGUCGUUUGGGCUUCUUGUUGACGAACCCCAAAAUGUAUAUGCUUGCAAAACAGUGUAAGCAGAAUGUGCUAGAAAUUAAUCAGGCUGAAGAAUAAUUGUUUACAUCUCACCAACUUCACUUGUUUAGCCCCCAUGACAUAUUUUAAGGACAACUAUAAUUAUGACUAUCACUGUAUACUGUAUUGUUAUGUUAGGAGAAUGGAAGUAAGAGAGUAUAGGGUAACAUGAAAGUUGGUUUGGAGAGAAAAACUUAAAGAGGCUGUUUUAUUUUAUUAUGUUCAGGUUCAUAAUAUUUCUGGGGCAUACAAGAAAAGGUUUACAUGCUUAAUUGUUUAACAAACACAUUUCUUUUCACCCUGUCUGAAGCACUGUCUCUUUAAGGCCCCCUCCUGAAAAGUCCAGUCUGCUCUGAUUGGUCAGUUCCCACAUGCCUGAGCAGGCUCCGCCCACGUGUUUCCACACUGGCUCUGCUCCGUGUUUUGCAACCAGGGAAUCAUUGUAAUCGUGUUUAGCUGCACUUCUACCGUAAAUAUCACCAUAAUAACUGCUUCUAAACCAAAAACUUGACCACUGCGCACGUUUGAGGAAUUUGUUCCAAAAUCGAGGACAAAUUGUGCAGAAAUGAAUUUGCUUUGCAACGUUGUGUAACUUUGAUUAGCACUGAGCAAGCUAGCUGCUGGGUGCAGGUCAUGAACAGCUGGAAGAAGGGUAUCAAUCCGCCCUUGAGCUUGAACCAUUACUGGCUGGCCGUUGAGAAAGCAGUCCGGAGUGAAAUGCACACGUUGCCAUCAAAAAUAAACUUGAUCCACUCAGCUUAAGAAAAGGUUGGACUAUAAUUGAUUUAAGUAGUUCAGGAGCAGUGUUUCCUAAGAGAAUAACUCACUUUACCAUGGAGUUGAGCUUUGUAACUUUGCGGUUUUACAUGCACCAAAAAGCUAUAUAACACUAAGGGAAAGGGAAAACCCCAAAAAGCAUAAUAUGGUCUCUUUAAUGUGUUUAUCACACCAGUACAGUUUUAUACCUCUGUGCAUUGCUUCCCAGUCCUUUAAUGGUGUUUUUUUAUGUUUUAUUUUAAAAAAAAUUAAACAAUACUACGAGAUAAUUGUACUUGAGAAGAAGAUCCCAAUUUUCAGUCCUAAGAGUUUGAAAUAAGAAGAUUGUGUUUGUUGCAGCAUUUUCUCUGGUUCAACUUUUGGCUUGUGUCAGAAGAUUGUGUGUAAUGUUAAGUGCAUGAUUGCAGGACUAAAAAGGACCAUCUCAUUGUGUUUAUAACCUACAAGUGUAAUAGAGGACUUAUAAAAUUAUAGUAAAUGCAAAAAAGGUCAAGAUGCUACACAGUCCCAUAGCGCGCAGGGUUGUCAAGAACUCUCAGCUUCCAAAGAUAGCAAAUCUGUCAUGUUUAGUGCCGGGAAAGUAAAGUCAGGUGUGCUGGUAAUAUUGGUGUUCAAGUGGUUAAAGUUUCUUCAAUGCCCACAGUGGCUUUCAUGACUAGAAUAGUGUUUUAAUUUUUACCUCUCAUUUAUAUUCCAUUUUUUUAAUCUUGCCAUUGUUUUUGCACAUUUUUACAUUCAAAGUCAAAAUAUAAAAGUAUUACCACAUUCAGCUGAUCAUUACUAUAUGUGAUCACUUAUGCACAUUAUUGUAGGCCAUAAUUAAGUGCUUAUAUUUUAUUUACUGGUGUAUAAAAAAUGUGUCUCACAAGUUAAACUUUGAAACAAACUGAGAACUGGCUUCAAAUUUCUGUGGAUAAUCUACAAGUAAAAAAAAAGAUGGUGGGACUAUUUAGUGCGAUGUGUUUUAAAUAUAUUUAAUAUAUAAGAUCAUUUAAAAGAAAAUAUCACACAUUGUCUUGCUGUAGUUGAGUUUUACAAACUGUUGAGUUCAGAUUCCCAUGGGCAGAUUUCAUGAGUAUUAAAAGGAACCAAAUUCAGUUUCACUGAGUGUCUGAGUUCUCAUGGUUAAUAUAUGGCGAUGUAAGCAGGUGUAUUCACUUUUUACAUUUACAAAUUUUGCACUUGUGAAGCAAUGGGUCCGGAUUAUUCACACAUGAGAAAUUUAACAUCUGGAUUGUCAACAACUGAAGACAACUCAAGGAUCACCAAUUCUGACCAAACACACAGAACCACUGAUGAAGACCAUGUUUGAUUUGGACAGCCAGCCACAGUGUAUCAUUGGAUGGAUUGAUCCUCAUGGUAAGUAUGGAAGAAGGCCAGAAAUACUGCUGUUUUUGUUUGUAAGGGACGGACAGUAGACAUAUUUUACAGAAUCAGUCAUUUUAAAAUUCAUGUAAUUUCCAUUUUAUAUAUCCUGUACAUAUGAAUGGUAAUAAUGAGCUCUGUUGAACAUUAAACUUUGUUUUUUUUCUCAUGUGUUGUGGACCUUAUUUUGUGCUAAUUAAACAUAAAUCGUCUCAAAAAUCUGAAAACAUGUUGCACUUUGUGACUUGAAGACAUUUCACCGAUAAAACUUUCACCAUCAUACAAAAUAUGUAUUAUUGCUAUAUAAUAAGACUGAUAUAGCAAAAUACAUAUUAUGUCCAACUAUUUCAUGAUGUCUUUGCCACCAGUCUGCCAUAUAUAGAGAGAGAUUGGAGAUGUGCAGGCAUUUACUUCACUUACCUAUUUUACAAUAUAGCAUGCUCUUCAUUAAAUACAAAAUAGUUUGCUAAUCAAGGCACGAGUAAGUCCACAUUGUGACAGUAACCACUGUGGCACAUGAUGACUUCUGCUUGGUUCUCAUCCAGAGUGAUGACUUUUGAAUUCAGCGGGUACGUCACUGUCCAGUUUACAAAUCACCUUGUAUAUCGCUUUCUUCCACGAUGGAUCACGAUCCUUGCCCACUGAAAUGGCGAUGUAAAAUUCUCUCAGUGUGACCUCGACAACUUCCAGGAAUCUGUCAGGGACCUGUGAAUCCACAGGAGAUCAGAGACAUUAAAUCAGGACCUUUAACAUACAUACAGUUCACAUCCCCAACAUUGUCUUUGUGUGUGUGAGAGAGAGACAUAGUCAUAGUAUCAUGGACUGGCAUUAUGUUUAAGAUAAUCAGAAUCAGGCCUAGCAAAUCAAGGUAAGUAGCAAGUAAAAACUUAGCUGAGGGAAUAUGAUUAAUUAAUGAAAAUACCAGAUUGUAUCAGCACACACACAGCUCUGUUUUUUAGUGUGUAACUUCAGUUUUCUUCUGUUGUCAUGUGCUUUGAUACCCUUUUUUCUGUAUCUGUAACUCAGUAAUAAUGUUGAAAUCAAACUCGGAACUGGUGAGCAGUAUUAUGUUGCCAAGUUAAAAAUCACUUUACAGUACGUUCAAUAUUUAGUCCUCUGUCAAAGACCCUUGAGUACGAGGAGGAGACUUGCAUUAGUUUAAGUUAUUGUAAUAUAUUUUUUAUGUACUAAAUCUUAUUCUAAAAAUAUCCCUACCCAUCCUUCUUAACAACUUUAAAAAAGAAAUCUGAUGAUAUAUCAGCUGAUCAUUUUUUUUUUUUGACACAACCCAUGAAAUUAAUAAACAUGUCUGAUAAGGUUCCCUUAAAUUUAUUUUUUGUGUCUUUGUUUUCCAAGUGAACUGAGAAUGGUUGUCGUGAAAGGUAGUCCAGUGAGCUGAGAAUUUAUUAAAUAAAAAUAAUUAUUAAAAUAAAAUACGAGAGGCUCAUGACAUGUUCACUGUAUGUAGUACAUUCAGUGAGAGAGUGUAUACUUGAACGUUGACUGAAAAUGGAUAAUUUCAGGAAGUGAAUCAAUACAGUGUGUUAAUCCAAAAGAUUUGUUCCUGAAACAUUUGUGAAUGUCACAACAAUAGCGCCAAGGGGGAAGGGAAGAAGCACCAUUUCCCUAUUACAAGUCAGUGUACCAUCGAAAUGAUACUGAAGCUGUUAUUUUAAGGUGAAAUGGUUGCAUAAUGUUGCUUAAUGGGAAAAAUAAUGGGAUAAAGAUCCAAAAUGGCAGUGAGUUCAGUUUCAAAUCGUGCAAAGGAAACGUGUGAGACAAAGAGGGCAGCCUGUGUUUUCAUUUCAUGUAACAUGCAUGUUUGAUUUCAGCUCCUGCUCCCAAUCAGUGCUGGGUGUGUUCAUGUGUGUGAUCUGUUUAACUACAGCCCAGUGAUUUUCAAAAAUACUUAAACAGGGUAUCUGCAGUGUUGAUGGUUUUAGCCAAAACAUACAUGAAUUCAACCUGGUAAACUGUGCAGACACCGUGUCUAAACACUAAGCACUGUUAAAGUGAAUACUGUGUGCAGUAAAGCUUUGCCCUAUUGUACAUUUAAUAACACAUACAUAUAAAAUUACUGUAUGGAUUUUUAUUUAUUUGAAUUUACAUACUUCUGGUUCAUUUGGUCUGCAUGGAUUUUAAAUACUUAAAAAGUAAAAUCACUACUGUGAAGUUGCCACUGAGUGAAAGAACUUUGCCUCAUUAGAUGUCUUAAUGCUGUAAAUGACAUACUGAACACAAAUGUAACAACCUACCAAAUGACUGAAAAUGACUUUUUCUCUGAAUAUUAGCUACAAAAUUAAAUUUGUGCUUAAUAUUCAAACACACUAGAGAAAAAUUAAUGACAACAAAACACACAAUAAUCAUUGUGACACCAACUUGAUAGUGUGCUUCUUUAGCUAAUAGGCUUAGUCAUCCAUUAUAGUCAGCAUUUACUUUUAGAAAUUAUGAAAUUAUUGUUAAUCAUGUUAAUUAGUAAUUUUUUUGCAGCAAAUCUUCGUUUGAGGUCAUUUUAAGUGCUCCGUCUAAGUGGUUAAUUUCUUCUAAAACUCAUCUUCAGUCACACUAGACCCACCGUCCUUUGGAUGCUUCUCACUGAUGUAUUACAGUAUAGUAGUUGUGCUAGUUAGUAGAAUUAGUAUUAAAACUUUGUUACUAUGUGUUAAAAAUGUGUCUGUGUGAAAAAGUACAGCAUGUAUCUGUGCAUAUGGAUUCACAUCUUGUGUUCUUCACCGUUCAUGCUACACCUCAUGGCCUUUUGAGAAAUAAUCAAAUCAGGUUGGGCUAUUGUCUGUCUGUGUUCACUAAUAUAGUGGAGGCUUAACUUGUCACUGUUUUUAUGAAGUUAUGGUUCGACUACAAGAACAAUAUAAUAAGGUUUUGCCUCAUAUUAACAUGUGUUCACAAGUGUUUGAAACUGGAUGAAACCAUAGACAUCGUAGUACUUAGCAUGUCAGCCCCUUUCUCACUCUCAUUUAAUUAUCUACUUAAUAAACUAU